UUGGUCGGCCGCAAAUGGAAAGUAAAGUUUUGUUGUUCAUUAUUUCAAUAAUAAUACGGGAAUUUACUUCGUAAAAUAUUAGCGGGGUAAGUCACUAUAAAAUGUGCAGAGAUUUUUCUGCUACUUAAUUAUUAUACACAAAAACGUGCUUUCCAUGACCACAUUUUUUAAGACAAAACCAACAAACGAAGUUUAUAAUCUUUCAACUGAUUUCUCCUAUAAACUCGGACAAAAAUUUAAAAACCUACCACAAUUCUGGAACGUAGGCCUGUGUUGUUUUUACUUUUUACUAUAUGCACUCCCGUAAAAGAAAUACUCCCGCACACCGCCUAUCCAAAAACUAAGCGAUCAAAAUUAUACCAGCUUUCCCUCAAACUGGCUUGGUUUUUGGUCAAUCCAUAUUAUUUUACUGCAAAUCCGCUACAUUGGUAACAAGAAAGCAAAAACAUACAAUGUCGGAUAUUUUUACAAAUUUCGAUAGCAACGGCGCUUGCGACGAUUCUCAGGACAUCAUAAUGGCAUCGCCCUCGCAAAGCAGCCCUUUGACCAACUCAAACUCCAACUCUGUGGGGCUUGGUUCGGCUAACAAUACACCAGGUGGUAGUAGUGGUAGCGCGCAAAAUGCGAGCUCUGGAAAUGCAGGCACCAAUGGCACAUCUAGUGGCAGUGGCGGUGGUGGAGGAAAAACAAAUACAGGCGCAGAAAAUCAACCCAUUUUAACAAAGCCACGGUUGCUGGAACUGGUGCGCGAGGUCGACGUAACCGCGCAAUUGGAUGAAGACGUCGAAGAGCUUUUACUACAAAUCGCAGACGAUUUCGUGGAGGAUGCAGUAAAAGCGACUUGCGCAUUUGCAAAACAUCGAAAAGUGUCCAAAGUGGAGGUGCGUGAUGUGCAACUUCAUUUAGAACGCAAGUGGAAUAUGUGGAUACCUGGCUUUGGAACUGAUGAGUUGCGGCCAUAUAAACGUGCAGCUAUUACGGAGGCACAUAAGCAACGAUUAGCACUAAUACGGAAAACAAUUAAAAAGUAUUGAAAAAUCUCACUUAAGUGCGUGGUGUUCAUCUUUUUAUUCUCUACUAAAUAUACAGAUACGUAACUUAAGGGUUUUUAUAAAUAUACAUAUGGUAUUAAGUUCGACUGUGUGUUCACCAAAA